AAACACGGUGUCAAUGAACAGAGCAAUCCGGCAAUGCCACGUCGGCGCCCUCGCACUCCCGUGACGUGCGCCCGUGGCGUCCCUCCACCUCACGUUGCGUGGGCAGCUGGAUUCGGAGAACAGGGUUUAUAUGAGGGAGAGAGAGAGGGAGAGAGGUGCAGUGGGGUAGAGAGAGAGAGAGAGAGAGAGAGAGAGAGAGAGAGAGAGAGUUGUGGCUAUGGCGUCUAGGGUUUCGACUUGCUUUGGUGUCUUCGCGUUUGCUCUUUCUCUGUUCUCAAUUGUAGCGGUUUCGGUGGCAGAGGCGGAGGGUGAGACCGAGAGUAGUAAGGGAGAGUACGUGUUGACUUUGGAUCACUCCAACUUCUCAGAUACUGUGAGCAAGCAUAAGUUCAUCGUCGUUGAGUUCUACGCUCCUUGGUGUGGGCAUUGCAAGAACCUUGCUCCUGAGUAUGAAAAAGCUGCAUCAAUACUGAGCAGUCACGACCCUCCAAUCAUUUUAGCCAAAGUUGAUGCUAAUGAAGAACCAAACAAAGAACUUGCAAGUAAACAUGAGAUUCGUGGUUUUCCCACUCUUAAGAUUUUCAGGAGUGGAGGGAACAGUGUUCAAGAUUACAAUGGCCCUCGUGAAGCUGAGGGUAUAGUAACUUAUUUGAAAAAACAAGCAGGCCCUGCAUCAGCUGAAAUAAAAUCUGUGGAAGAUGUUGGUAGUCUUAUUGAUGAGAAGAAGAUCUUCAUUGUUGGGAUAUUCCCAAAAUUCUCUGGUGAAGAAUUUGAAAAUUUCACUUUUCUAGCUGAAAAAUUGCGUGCUAAUUAUGAUUUUGGUCACACUUUGGAUGCCAAACUUCUUCCACAAGGCGAAUCAUCAGUCAAAGGACCGGUAGUUAGGUUACUUAAACCAUUUGAUGAGCUGUUUGUUGAUUCCCAGGAUUUUCAAGUGCAUGCUUUGGAGAAGUUUGUUGAGGAUGCAAGUGUGCCUGUUGUGACCAUUUUUAACAAUGACCCAAGCAACCAUCCAUUUGUUAUGAAAUUCUUCAAUAGUCCAGAUGCCAAGGCUAUGCUGUUUUUGAACUUCAGUAGUGAACUUUCUGACGCUUUCAAAUCCAAUUAUCAUGAUGUUGCUUCCCUCUACAAAGGAAAGGGCAUAAGCUUCCUGCUUGGUGACCUUGAUGCCAGUAAAGGUGCUUUUCAGUAUUUUGGACUGAAAGAAGAUCAAGUACCUCUUGUCAUCAUUCAGAAGGAUGAUACUAAGAAGUAUCUUAAAACAAACUUGGAGCCUGAUCAUCUUGCUCCUUGGCUGAAGGAAUACAUGGAUGGCAACCUAAAGGCAUUUGUCAAAUCAGAGCCUAUUCCUGAAGUUAAUAAUGAACCUGUGAAGGUGGUGGUUGGUGACAGCCUAGGGGACAUUGUUUUCAACUCAGGAAAGAAUGUUCUUCUUGAGUUUUAUGCCCCUUGGUGUGGACAUUGCAAGAAACUAGCUCCAAUCUUGGAUGAAGUUGCCGUCUCAUUUGAAAACGAUGCUGAUGUUACCAUUGCAAAGCUCGAUGCUACUGCAAAUGAUAUCGUGGACGACGCCUUCGAGGUUAGAGGUUACCCAACAUUGUACUUCAGAUCUGCAAGUGGCAAUGUGUUGCAGUAUGAAGGGGGUAGAACCAAGGAGGAUAUCAUUGAAUUCAUUCAAAAGAAUCGGGACAAGUCUGGCCAAACCGAGUCUGUUCAACCCGAGUCGGCUAAAGAUGAACUGUGAGCAGCCGCAGCCACAGCCAGGGAAGAGUUUUUGGACGACAGCCGAGAGAAUACUUUUGUCUGGCGGAAGAGGACUUCGUAGUUUAAGCUGCUGACUGCCCCCCCUUCUUAUUUAGUCACUCGUCUUUUUUUUUGAUUUCUUCCUUUUUCUUUCCUUUUUUUGGGGUUUGGGGGGGAACCUCACGUGUACUGAACCUUCUGCAAGUUUACCCUUUUGCUCUCACAUGGAGUUUCAGUUGAAUCAAAUAUUUAUCCUC